UUAAAACACCUGCACUGCGCAUGCGUAAUCAGAGUUUAUCAUUGGUCGCCGUUGCAUUCAUAAUUCGUAGCUCGUGCUUCUAUUUACAGUUUAUUGAAUUAAUAAUGGCUGGUAAUUUGAAAAAGACGACUUUUUUAAAAGGACUAGAAGUUGCGAAACACCCUCACCAUUCUUUGACAAAUAUUUACACAAGAAUCCUGCGAGUGCUUGCUAAAUUUCCCACUACAUCAGCAUACCGUACAAGUACCGAGCAAAUUGUCAAAGAACGUGCUGAAAUCGUUAAAAAUACCCCAGAUGUAGAGACCCUGGAGAAGAAAAUAGGCUGUGGUCAAGUAGAAGAAUUAGUAGUACAAGCUGAAAAUGAAUUGCUGUUAGCUCGUAAAAUGGCCGUAUGGAAGCCCUGGGAGCCUCUAGCAGAACCAAUCCCUAAGGAUCAGUGGACUUGGCCACCUCACAAGUAAUUUCCUUAUUUUCAUACAUACAUUUAGUACUCAUGUAUUUAAUCUAGGUUGUUAUAAAAAAAAAAAAAUAAUAAUAAUAUCAUUAAAAAUAA